ACAAGGACAAAUAUUUUAAAACUAAUUCUUAUUUUUUUUAUGUAACUAAACCUCGUUUUUGUGCCUGAUGAGUAAAAAAACAUAGCUUCAUAAAAUCAUGAAUUAACUACCUCUUAGUAUUAUAUUUUUCCCCUUUAUGUACCACAAAAUUCCUUUGCAAUUUCAGUCUCCUAGUUCAGCAAAAAACAGUAAUACAGCGGGUACGAAGAUGUUAAGAAAUAAGAGGUAAUUUGGAUAGUUUGAAAUCUAUUGUAAGUCCAUCAGGUGUCUUUUAACGAAGCAGUUUAUUAAUUUACUUAUGUAUUUAUUUAUUUGUUCAUUCAUUCAUUGUAGCAAUGGUGAUGUCAAGUAAAUAUAAGUUCAUCUUUGUGAUAUAACAUUAUGAACGAAAUAUUGCAGUGUUUUGGGGGAAAUUGCAGGAAAGUUUUUUUUAUUUGUAAUAUUGCAAAGUUCCUUUUCGUUACUGAUGAAUCUGCAUAUGACCCAAAAUUGAAAGUACUUAUGUUACAGGAUGUUAUAUAUGUUAUAAUUGCUAUAUACGAUUAACUUUGUUUUCAUAAAGUUUAGGCCUAUAUCAUAUACGAUUUAUAAGAAUUACUCUGAAUCCCCGUCGAGUGAAAUGUGUUGGUGUUUAAAUAGUUCUUUAUUUUAUGUCCAAUAUCUCUCUCUCUCUCUCUCUCUCUCUCUCUCUCUCUCUCUCUCUCUCUCUCUCUCUCUCUCUCUCUCUCUCUCUCUCUCUCUCUCUCUCUCUCUCUCUCUCCUCUCACCAGACUGCAGUUUGCAAAGUGAAGUUGAGCAAAGCUUGGAAGCAGCCUCCAAGUUCUCAUUCUCAGCUGUAAUUCAAGAAUUUAGUAUUAUAUACACACACACGCCAUGUUCUUUUUAAAUCUAUUGAGGACCCUGUCGUUCCGGGAAGCAUAUGACAGGAUGAGGUGGGACGCCCUCAGGGAUAAGUCGCCCUACGAGCACAGGCUGGUCGAAGAUAUCCCUGAAGUCAUGCAGACCCUGUUGCUCUACGUGGCCAUGUGGAAACCCCACAUUGAUAACAUAUUUCCCCUCCCGCCAAAUGCGCACGAGUUGGAAAAGAAUCUCAGGUUUAGAAUUGUUUACAGAGAGUUCCCCUGGAUCACAGAGCUGUUUUCCGGCGGAUCCCCCAGUUUCCAGGUGCAAGGCUGGGGUGGCCCUGCUGGUGGUGAGGGAGUACGUCGCUAGCCUCGAGGUCGCCCUCCUGGACCCGCCGGAGGCAUGGCACGAUGUCGGAAAGGACGCUCAUGGCCUAUCUCAAGCAGCCCUUCCUCACGAUAAUCCCCUACAGCUUUGUGAGCGGCGUCAGGCCCUUGCUGAAGAAAAUGACCAAGGGGCAGUCGAUCUUGCUUGAUCAAAUCGUCUUUGUCAUGCGUGCCAUUGCCAGAGAUCAACACGGGCACGUUAACGGCGACCAGCUUCUCCAGCUAGCCAGAUUCUGGGCUGUGGCGAUAGUGCGCCGGCACAGCAUCAAGGACAGCCUUCAGUGAACUUUACGUGGCAAGAAAGGGUAUUAUGAAGGCAUAGCUCGUGUGCUCUUCACCCUUGCUCACUGGAAUGUGAGGGAGAGAGAGAAUCCCUUCAGCAUGGUCUUUCAAUUAAACACGACUCUGUCACCAGAGGCACUAGACUUGAGCGAUGAAAGGGUAUCUCUAUAGAGACCAAAUUUUGUUUCAUCCACAUGCACGCACAGGUGUGUGUGUGUGUGUUGUGUGUGUGUGUGUGUGUGUGUGUGUGUGUGAGUGUG